CACAACGCCGCCGGCCCCCACCCCAUGCCUCCACCUAUGCCGGCAGCGCCAUGGGUAGCGUCAGCAGCCUCGUCAACGGGAACAGCGUCCAGGAGAAACACUGCCAGGCGUCGGACCCCCAGCUAAAGAAGGGGGCGAGCCACCAGCACCACCUCCACCCCCCUCCGGCCCGGAGGGCGGGGGGCCGCAGCCUGCUGUCUGAGGGCCUGCUGAACUGCGGCCUCGGUCAGGGGUCCUCGUCGUGUGCGUCCACGCGCCUCCCCGCUAAGGGCCUCUCUCAUUCCAGGUCGGGACGGAGCGAAGACUUCUUCUACAUCAAGGUAAGCCAUAAACCCAGGGCUGUGUACCAGCGAGUAGGACCAAUGGACAACCACAUCUCCACAGACGAUGGCAGUGGGGAAUCCAAAGGGCGACAGCCACUGAAACUGCUGCCAGUGUUGGGCAAGAAGGCGGAGAGGGCACCCGCUGCCAAGUUAUAUAUUCAUCCCACUGCCUCGGAGUCGGUGGUUCCUAGGAGCUUGUCUGCAACCCAGGGCCAGAACAACCCGGACACUCUCUGCCCCCGGGAGACCACCAAGAGCCCUGACAUCCACAGACACAAACAAGAUACCUUCUCAGGAACCCUUUCCGACUCGGGGCGUAACUCCAUGUCCAGCCUUCCCACCCACAGCACCAGCGGGAGCGUCAGCACGGCCGCGGGCCCCGCCGUGUUCCUCACUGUUCACGGCUCGCUGUCGGGGCACGCCCUCAAUCAGGGGGCCCCGCCCAACGUCCCCCCGUGGUGCGGCGUGAACGGCGCUAACCUGGGCCCCCGAUACAACGACGGAGGGCUACCGGCUGUGGCCAAUGGCGACUCCGGAGCGCGGCCCCCCACGGAGGACCCGGGCCCUCUGACGGAGACGGGGGCCGGCAGCCGCUCGCCCAUCAACACGGACGAGCUGCUGAUCGAGCGCCUGGAGCAGAGGCUGCUGGAGAGGGAGUCGGAGCUGCAGGACCUGCAGGUGAGCUUUGAGGAGAAGGAGGAGAACACGUGCCAGCUGUUUGAGGAGCGGCAGCGGUACUGCGCGGACGAGAUGGAGGGGCUGAAGCAGCGCUGCUCCACCAAGCUGCGGCAGGUGUCCCAGAGAGUCACCAGGAACCACCAGGCCCUGCAGCAGCAGGUCGCCACGCUGCAGGCCGAGAAGGAGAGGCUUCAGGAGGACAUCGCUAAGCUGACCCAGGAGAAGGAGCUGGCUGAGGUGAGGCUGAGGUCCUACGAGACCACCAACACACAGCUAGCGCCCACGCUGGAGGAGAUCCAAUGGGAGAUUUGCCAGAAGUCCGGGGAGAUCUCGUUGUUGAAGCAGCAGCUGCGAGACAGACAGACGGACGUCAACCACAAGCUGAACGAGAUCGUGAGCCUCAAGUCCGCGCUGAAGGAGAGCAAGAGCCGAAUAGAGGCGCUGGAGAGACACAGCAGCGAAGACAAGGACCGGAUCCAUUCUCGCACUGUUGAGGUGGAGGUGUGCCAAAAUGAACUCCAGCGCAAGAAGAACGAGGCGGACUUACUGCGGGAGAAGGUGGGCCGGCUGGAGACAGACAUCCAGGGCAUGAAGCAGGAUCUGGCCUCAGCCAAAGAGCAAAGGCAGAAACACUGUUUGAAACUCGAAGCUCAGGCCCAGAAUCUAGACAAUGAAACGGGCUCGCAGAGCCCGGAGCAAGCCGCAGAGGGGACUAGAGGAGGAGGAGGAGGAGGAGGAGGAGGAGGAGGAGGAGGAGGAGGAGGAGGAGGAGGAGGAGGAGGAGGAGGCACCACCGACGCCCUCCAGAGAGAGGUGGAGAGACUGCAGAAACAGCUCAGAGAGGAGGUGGAGUCUCGGGAGAGUCUGGCCAGCAGCUUCGAGAAGGAGCGGCGUACGUGGAACAAGGAGAAGGACAGGGUGAUCCGCUACCAGAAGCAGCUGCAGAACAACUACCUGCAGAUGCACAAGAAGAACCUGGACCUGGAGCGUAUCCUGAAGGAGCUGAGCGCCGAGCUGGAGAGCAGGACCGAGCUGGACAUAGACGCCCCUUACUGCUCGGGGCUGCAGACGUACGACGAUGUGAUCGCCACAGAGAUCUGAGGAGCGUGCGUGUGUGGGAGUGACGCCAG